CAAGAUUCAGCCAGUUUGUGAACUCAAUUGAGCUGGUGUAUAUAGUCCUCGAAAAAUUAGUGCUUCUCUAACGAGAUUCGAUUCAUUCAAUGGGCCUCCCGUUCUCGUAAUUAAUAUCAUCCUACCUCAACCCGAAGCGCGUCGUUUACCACGUGGCUACCUGCCAAAAUAUUACUUGAAUGAUACGGCGAUGUAGUCUUCCGAUACACAAAUACUAUAGAUGAAUGGAUAUUGGGUGUAUUUAAGGAUAAAUCGUUUAUUCAAAUGAUUCCAAGCUCUUUAGAUACCAAAAAACCCGUCAUGAAUUAUUUGCUAUACACAUCUGUGUUGAUGUUCGGCGUACGAGCGUCUGCAGUGGGGUCGAACAAUAAUUAUACUCUCAGGCGACACAAGGUCCACAAUAUAGUUUUGUACCCGGACAAGCAUUCGUGGUGCACGAGCACGCCCAUUAAACAAGUCAUAUCCGACGUCGAUUGCGAUCCCGUGGAGAUUGACAACCUCGUUUGCCUGGGCGCGUGUUUCAGUUAUUCCAUACCGAGGACGGUUCCCGCCAACAACGGCGAUGAAGUCAACUCGUAUUGCGACUCGUGCCAACCCGUAAACACGCUAUGGAUUCCUGUAAAACUGAAGUGCAGCGAUGGGUCGAAUCAUACGAAACGUGUACAGCUGAUCAAAGAGUGCCGGUGCUCGUCCUGUAGCCGACACUGGGAAUUGGAAAAUCCUCCGGCGGACGUCACGGACGAGGGAACCUCCAUACAGACAUCGAGAUUUAUGCAACUAAUGAAACUUGAACAAAAUGAUAACGCCGAAAACGAAGAGUCUUCUACGGACGCGGUCUCGAGGUCGGCGGAAGACAUACUGGACGCUGUCAACUUGACUAGGCUAGCUUACGAGAAAAACAUUUGGAUCCGAGGUCCGCAUCAUUCGAAGGUGCUAUUAAGAAAAGAAAAUAUGGUAAGCGCGUCAAACGUCGCGGCAAAUGACGAUAUCGCAGCCAACGACGAUAUUGCCCAACAAUAUUUGGGAGAAGACGUGGCCGAUAAGAAUAAUAAACUUUAACACGGAUUCUUAACUAUUUUAUAAUAUUAUAUAAUUAUAUAAUUUUUUUUUCACUAUUUGCAUCAGUUAUAAAUAUAAUAAUAUAAAAUCACAA